AUGCCGGUACCGGCCUGGCAGUAUAACGUGUGGCACGGGUUUGAAGCCGCUCACAUUUUCCCCCUUGCCAAAGAAACUUUGUGGAACCAAUGGGGUUUCAAUCGCUGGAUUACCAACGGAGCAACAGGCAGACAUAUAAAUUCAAUCAACUCUAUCCAAAACGGAUUUUUGAUUAGCUCCAUGCUUCACGAUUCAUUCGACCAUUUUCAUGUAUCCGUCAAUCAUGAUGAUGGGUACAAAAUUACAACCCUUAUUCCUUGCCCCCUUUCUGUUGAUAGGCGAAUUAUGGAACCGAUUUGCCGCGACCCCAACAACCCAAAUCGGAUAUCUGACAAUCUCUUGCGGUGGCAUAUCCGCCAGGCCGUCCUGGUUAAUAUGAGAGGCGCCGGGGAGCCUAGUUGGGACAGUGACUUCCCUCCUGGCAGAGACAUGAUGCAAGUCAUCCGUUCUGGCCCUCUACCAGAGGAACAGAUGGAAAUUCAACAAGCUAUGGAAGAAGAGGAUUCGCAGGACGAAACAAGAAGCAUGGAGAGUCAACAAGCUAGGGAUGAUGAAGAGGAUUCGCAGGACGAAACAAGAAGCAUGGAAGAGACAAGCAUCAUGGACUCGGAGGCUAUCGAUGUCUGA